AUGAUUGAAUUCAGAGCACCUAGAUAUUGGAAAGCGGCUGAAUAAUUUGAAAGAAGAUCUACCAAAUGGAAAGUACUUCGAAGAAAGAGACUAUAAAUUUAUAUAACAUGCUUGGAAUAUUAAAGAGAAAAAGAGGGAAGCUUUAUGAAUACAAUAAAGAUUGAUGAUAACUAAUACUAGGCAAAUUACAAAGAAAUAAUCCAUAGAUGUAUUUAAAAGAUCAUUGAAAUACAAUAAGAAUUUAGUGAGGAGAAAGUUUCGAAAGGACUUUAAAGAAGUCAAAAUGAGGGAAAAGGAUAUCUAUGAUUAAAAAAUGAAAGAUUCACCGACAAUUAGAAUAGAGGAGAGUGUUAGAAUGUGAUGAGAAGGUGUAGAGAUUCAAUAAGGAGAUCAUAUAUGACUUUUAUCACCUGAUCUCUUUUAUUGUAGUAAGAGAUUGGGAAAAAUGGAAAGCGGAGUUGCUGUUAUUUAAUCUUGAGGAACUAUGUAACCUUAGUGGAUAC